AUGUCGGAACUUUCAGCUGAAGAAAAGAGAAAGCUUCUCCGUGAGAGAAGACAAGCGAAAAUGGCCCAGGGAAAGGCCACGGACCGUCUUAAUAAUAUCUUGUCGCAGGGCUCCUCUGUAAAGUCGUCCAACGUUACAUCAGUGCUCGAUAAGCCUGAAAAGGCCACUACUACGGUGAUGGAUCUUCCUUCUAGAGAGACACAGUCACCCACGCCACUCCACGAUGAUCCUGAAGUGCCGGAUAUCACUUCUCUCUUGAAAGAAAAGGAGAACGAGGCUCCCGACAUGGAGGCCAUGCUCCAACAAAUUCUUGGUGGCUCUGGCGCCCAUACAGGCCCAGGAAACGAUGGUGGUGCCAAUUUCCUCCAAGAAAUGAUGAAGGCGAUGGCUGAAGAUCCUAGCGGAGGGUCUACGGCGGAGGAAUCGUCGUACCAGAGCCAGUUAUCGCAGUACCAUGCCUACGAACAGAAGCAGUGGAAGGCCCGGUUCCUCGUUGUGAGAUGGAUCAUACACACGUUGAACUUUGUGUACCAUUACAUUGCGAGUGGCUACAAACUUCUGGCUUCGCCAUAUGCCUUUGUGCGUGCACAGGCUGUCGACAGCCAUGUGAGAACAUUUUUCACGGCAUUUCUUACCGUCGAGGUUGCAGUGAUUUCCGCCUAUUUCCUUGUGAUGUCGCAACCCAAGUUCAAGGAUUUUUCGCGGGAGAAUCUUGUGUCUCGUAUUUUGUCGAUGGCCAGUGCAGUAGUCCCUGCUGUGGGCCGCUACCAACCUUUGGUGACUCGUGCACUUGUCUACUGGAAUGGUGCAAGCAUAUUCGUGGGCGACCUUAUGCUUAUGGUGUUCUACUUUGGUAUCACGAGCGUGCUUGGGAAUUGA